CGUUGACCGGUCACUCCCAUUUUCAUUCCACCAUUCCUUCGACCAUGAUAAAAACACAUUGGCCUAUUUUUCUAAUCGCAUACAUCGCUUUCAAAUUUCCCUCGGCCCUACUUACUUCCAUCCAGCGCACCGACUGUCCACGUUUAUUCGGGAGUACACGAUUGAAGCCCACCAAGGUGUCAUAUGGCAUGCGGACGGCAGCGGGGUGUGCCGAGGCUGAAUCGAGGUUAGGAGAGGCUUAGCCCUCCACUGCUAGAUUGCAACUUUUUUGGUUAUCGAUUGACAGUCUAUUUCAUCGCUUCCACAUCUUCAGCGCUGCUGAGCUUUUUCGAUCCUUUCAAAGCAUGAAGCACUAGAUCCUCCAAAUCCUUCUAUACUGCAAUGUCAGACCCAUUCAGUAUUACAGCUAGUAUACUAGCUGUUGUGGGAGCAGGGCUCAAAGUCGCCAAAGGCUUACAUCAACUCGCGAACGGUCUCGGAUCUGCAGGAAUUGAAGUACGCGUGUAUGCGGACGAAAUCGACGCCUUCUCUAAACUCCUUCACCGAGUCCGGGAGCACCUACUACAAGAGCAGGGCACUACAUUCCAGGACGAACGCACUCUACUUAGAGACAUCGUGGAUAUCUGCGAACGCGUCAUCGACCCUAUCAAAAGCAUCCAGGAGAGGCUGAAUCCGCUCCUGGUGCACUUUCGGCAAUGUCCAAAUAAACUCAAGUCUUUUACGUUAAGGAUUCAGUGGAUGUUUCGGAGCAAGGAGAAGCUGCUAUUCUAUCGUGGAGCACUCAAGGGUCAGCAUCGGCUUCUUGAUACGACGCUGGCGUUGAUGGUCUUGCGGUCAUGUAAGGAUCGGACUGCCCAGACUGUAGAAAUUCUCCAGAUAUCACUCGAAAAUUCAGUUGUCGGGAUUAAGAACUCACUCAGUGACUCGAAAAGUCUCAUAUCCGGAGAAGCUUCGGUGACCGGAACUCUACAGAUAGGACUUCCCGUAACACACUCCGCGUGGAGAAAUACUUCAGGCGCUACGUUCGCGGUGCUUGCCCCAACGAGUCCCAGCUCAGAGGGCUCAGCUGGCAGCCAGUUCGAUUCGCAACUCACAUCGCCGACAGGCACCAUAUCUUCCGAUGAGUCAGCACCUGACACAAGUCCUUGGACGCUCUCCGCAAGGCCAGACGCAGGUGGAAACCUUUACCAAGGGAGGAUAAUUGGAGAACAGGAGCUAGAGGAACAAUUCGAUGAGUCUGCACAGGACCUUUGGGAGGACAUGAGGGUUGUAUCAAGAAAAUUACUCCGACAUGUUUCAGACGUCCUUCGCGAAAGCCAGGCCAGUACGAGUCGCCACACUACUCCUGAACCACAAAUGAAUAAUCCCAUAUCCUUGCCGGACACAGGACGCCAGAAGCAAUGGGGCCAUCUUCAGAAGAGUUUAGAGACCAACCAUCGUCCAUUGCCCGAAGACCAGAUCCCCCAUGAGGCCAACCAGGGGCACCUUUCAGCUGGAACGUGGAACUACAGCCCCGCAAGCCAUAACAACAUGCCGGAAAUAGCGAAGAACGACGAGCAAUACCUUAGCUUUCAGACCACUGGCCCGACGAUGGCUGUCGGCUCCAUGCGCGCCCCUGCAAUACCUGAGGACGUUAUUCCGACAGUGAACGCGGAAGCCUCCGUGGCUGUGGGCGCAAACCGUAGCUACGUACCAAAUAGGACAGUCACGUUCAAAAACGCGGAUGGAAGCUUGUGGGGACUUCCAUUCGACGAAAUACAGGAAUGGGAGAACAUGCACGCAUUUCUGACUGAAUUGUAUCCAAGAACAUCUCUGAUGUGCCUCUUCUCUGAGAUCACCUUUUCCGAGCUCUACCCAGAGGUUGGCGAUACCGGAGCCGUUCUUGGAGCGUUUUACCGAAAUGAAUACGACCUGAUCGGACCUCACGGCCAACGCCUGCUCCCGCAACUCUGGAAUAGGGUCAUUCAGCCAGGAUGGAUUAUCGAACUGCGAUUUCAUAAUGCGGAGUUCAAUGUCGAUCUACCGGAGCUGGAGCGUUUGGAUGUAGAGUUUUACGUAGACCUGCCAGAGCUAGAACGCACUGAAGUGAAGGCUAGGCUCAACCGCCAUCCUUUUGGGAACAUUGCAGGCACAACCUCUAUUGGACGUAUCCUAGGCGAAGGUACCACCUACACUGUCACCUCAUUGGAUACCGCAAAGCCGGACAACAUGCAGACCCCGCCGCCCAGAAUGGAAAAUAUCUGGGACUUAGCGAACGUUGAAAGGACGGAAUUCGCAGCGGCCGCUUCUCUGCUUGCCAUCACCACCCAAGGAAGAUCCAUCUCCAGCUCAGAGCAGCCUUGCGCAGGGGAAGGCAAUGACAGUACAGAUGAAGAAACAGAAGAUUGGGUCACGGUGACACCAAGCGCGGGCCUACACCGGAUUCCUCGGUCCAACUUGAAAGACAAAUUCCUGAAUCGGUUGGCCGAGCUAUUGGCCCGCGACAAGUCAGCUGCGCAAGGCUUGUCCCGGAUGGACUCCAAGCAUGUUGCCGCUGCCGCAUGGAUUAAGGGCACCGGAGAAGAGCCAGCAACCAUCCUGAUAGCGAAAAAUGAGGGACUCGACGAUCGCGACCGCAGGAUGCUGGACCGACUGGAGAUGUGGCUUCGCGUCAUCGCAUCCACCGGCCGCGUUCCUGAUGUUCAGAGUGAUCACCUAUGGGUGGGAAGCUCUCAAUGGGAAGGCCUUCUCGAAUACUACCGCAACCGACUGGAGUUCUAUAUCUCCUUGAUCAACCAGCUCGGGUCUGCCGUGGGACCACCAUCUGCAGAGGCGGGUGAAAACGGCCCAACAGUGGCCCACCUUCAAAGCCUCUGUCGAGACUUCAACCAGCGUUCAACCCCUCGUCAGCUGGGCGACAUCGUUGGUCUGGCAUAUGCUAUCCGCUACACACCCUGGAGCUUAAACACCAACACAAAAGCGGCGAAGGCAAUCCUCAUGCUCGGUCGCUUACGAGCCAUAUACGAGAGCCUUAAAUCUGCGGCGUUGACCUUCUCAGACUUCAAGACCAUGAGGAUCAUGCCAGCCACGGUGCCUCAUCACAUGAACAUCAACACGACGAAGUUCCGAAAGCAGCUUCGCGAGUAUGCUGACAACUACUCGUCCAACAGCCGCAUUCUCAAGACAAAACAGGCGCAAAGAUACACAGGAGCGUCUCGACUCCAUGUUCACGCAGAAAUGCAGGUCUUGAUGAGCGUAGAGAGUGACCUGUCGUGGCAGCGCAGAGCGCACCCGUAUAUCGGCACAAGCAGGAAACCAUGCUACCUGUGCCAUGAGUUCAUCAACAAAUACACCAAGCUAACCAUGACCGGCGAUCGUGCACCGAACUUCAGGACCCGGGCGUCGCAUGGUAAGGUAUACCCACUCUGGAGCCUACCGAGCUUCACGACUGUCGCGCAGAAUAGGGACUUGUCCCUCGCAUCGGCACUGCUCGAGGUCUUCAACGAAACAAUAAGGCACCUGGGCAGCACCCCGUCCCUCCAGCCAGCAAUUGCAGAAUCUUCUGCAGGUGUGACACAAAGCGGAGUACAUGCGAGCGGCACCAGCAGGCUCAUGCGGCAGUAUCUAGCCACUCAGCGACCUUCAGAUUGCUCAACAGCCCACGAAGCAACAGAAGACAAAGUCCCUCUAGGACCAAAAGUCAAAACUGUCCUCGUCGCCCGCUUCCCCGCAGAUGGAAAAGACCCGGACCUCUUCCCCAUCACCUUCUACAGCCUCCCCGACAAGGAAGACCGCCGGAUCCGCGAGAUCCCCCACAUGACGGUGCCGAAUUUCAAGAAAUUCUGGGGCGCCUCGCAAUUCACCAGAAGGUUCCGGAAGCUCCUUCGGAACGAGGCGGACCAGGACGCCCCUGAGGGCUACAAUAUAUACUGGAGCGAGGACCCCGAGCUGCCAGAGAACGAAUACGUCAAGCGGCUGCUCGGGCUGGAGCGCAUAGACGCCGCCCGGCGCUUCUGGUACGGCGACGUCUUCUUCGUCCGCUUCAGCGAGCACCCCAAAACCUUCGCAUUCGACGUCUACGACGCCGAGCUAGCAGCCCUGCGGGUCCCUGAGGUCGGCGCCUUCUUCAAGGAGAUGUGGGACGAGCAGUUCCUGGAGCACGAGCUAGAGUAUGACAAAUACUUUGAGACGCAAAUGGAGAAGAAGGAGGCAGAUGCCGCUAUUAUCCUCGAGCGGAUGACGCCGAUCGAGCGCGAGAUACUGAAGCGCGCUCCGCCAAGCACCCUCGAGUUCCUUGCCAUGUCUGCCUGCGAUGACGGCGCGCUGCUCGACCACAGGAUCGAGGACGCGCCUGACCAUCCCGGCAUGGUGAAGGUUAACACCUGGGAGAAGCCUAGGGCGCUGGAUGUAAUGAACUGGGCGGGGUUCGACAGCUCGCAGCUUUGA